UGUCAUAUCUUUGCAGAGAGCAAUCCGAACGAGAAAGCACUCUGAGAGAUCAGUUUCACUGAGAGGUUUCAUAUUCAAACUCUCAAAUGGCUGUCGGAGGUUUCGCCGUUGAUGCUCCGUCGUCCAACGCCGCCGGCGACGGCAAGAUAACUCUCUCCGUCGUCAUCACCUGCAUCGUUGCGGCAUCGAGUGGUCUCAUUUUUGGAUAUGACAUCGGAAUUUCAGGAGGUGUGACUACUAUGCCACCAUUUCUGAAGAAAUUCUUCCCAGCAAUACUGAAGAAGGCUAGCAGUGCUGAAACAAACAUCUACUGUGUGUAUGAUAGUCAAGUUUUGACCUUGUUCACAUCUUCGCUAUACUUGGCCGGGUUGGUUUCAUCCCUCAUAGCGAGUCGAGUGACGGCAGUGCUCGGCCGGCGAAACACCAUGAUCCUAGGUGGUUGCACCUUCCUUGCUGGUGGCGCCAUUAAUGGAGGGGCUCAAAAUAUUGCUAUGCUCAUCUUGGGUCGUAUAUUGCUUGGCCUUGGGGUCGGUUUCACUAAUCAAGCAGCACCAGUGUACCUAUCAGAGAUGGCUCCACCCAAAUGGCGUGGAGCGUUCAACACAGGAUUUCAGUUCUUCAUAGCUAUUGGAGUGGUCGUAGCCAACUUCAUUAACUACGCCACUUCCAAGCACUCUUGGGGGUGGCGCGUGUCUCUCGGCCUCGCCGUCGUGCCAGCCGCCACCAUGACCAUCGGCGCCUUCUUCAUCACUGAUACGCCCAGCAGCUUGGUCCAGCGUGGCAAGAUAAACCAGGCCAAGACCGCCCUGCGCAAAGCGAGGGGGCCCACUGCUGACGUGGAAGCUGAGCUGGACGACCUCAUCAAAUGGGCCGAGAAGUCCAAGACUCUCGAGCAAGAGCCCUUCACGACCAUAUUUGAGAGGAAAUAUCGGCCUCACUUGGUAAUGGCAUUUGGGAUCCCAUUUUUUCAACAGCUCACUGGAAUCAAUAUCGUUGCGUUUUAUUCGGCGAAUCUGUUUCAGUCUGUGGGUCUUGGAAACGACGCCGCUUUGCUUUCAACACUCAUUUUGGGGCUUGUGAACCUUGGAUCUAUCGUAGUGUCCACCUUUAUAGUUGAUCGCUUCGGUCGAAGAUUGUUGUUCAUCGAAGGGGGUAUUCAAAUGAUUAUCUGUCAGAUUGCGGUGGCCGUGGUGCUAGCAGUUACGAACAGUACACAGCAUCUCCCAAAGGGCAAUACGGUAUCCGUACUGGUGCUGUUAUGUUUGUACGCUGCUGGGUUCGGGUGGUCGUGGGGCCCACUGAGUUGGCUCAUUCCGAGUGAGAUUUUUCCAAUGAAGAUCAGAACCACAGGACAAAGCAUCAGUAUAGCCGUGAACUUCAUGACCAUAUUUAUACUGUCUCAGACAUUCUUGACCAUGUUGUGUCACUUCCAAUACGGUGCGUUUUUGUUCUUCGGGGGUUGGAUCGCCGUCAUGACCAUCUUCAUUGCGCUUUUCUUGCCAGAGACCAAAGGAAUACCACUCGAGUCUAUGUAUGCAGUGUGGGGCAAACACUGGUUUUGGAGUCGCUUUGUGGUCAAAGAUAAUGAUGUCCAAGACAGCAACAAUCAUCAUCCAUGAUCUGACACUUGGGUUUGGACGGAGAGAAAAAUAGGAAAAAAGAAAAAAUAAGAGGAAAAACUCUUAAAAAUAAUUAAAAAAAUUACUAUUUUUUGAAAUUUCUUUUCCUAGUUUUCCUUCAUCUUAUUUUCUUCUCACUUUUCUUUUCAUAUAAACCAAGUCUUAAUUUUUGUAGGUCUUCAUCUUCUGGAGAACUUGUUUUUAUCUAAUUAUGUUAUAGAAAUUCUAGCUGCUGCUAAAUAUAAUUGUUGUUCUUUUUAAA